UUUGUAACAAGCAAGCAACAAGAAGGCAAGCGACUCAGUGCGGUGAUGAAGCAAGCAAGCAAGAGACGGUGCAGUGGACGGCACUGCUUGCUCAGCUCCAUUCAUCCCUUCUUCCUUCCGGUGUUCGCUCGCCCGCACGUGAUCUCAGCUUCCCUUCCUCUCGUCUUCUUCUCCUUCUCACUCCCUCCUGCCCAAACGAUCAAGAAUCAUGGCGAGCCGUCCUGGGCAGAUGCAGAAGCAGCAUGCGCACGAGGUGGAGAACAGCGCGGGCGGGUUUGUGUUCAAGGUGAGCGACAUGACGCGUGCGCUGCGGUUCCUCAUCCUGGGCUCGGACUCUGGCACGUACUACGCGUCCGCGCGGAAACUGACGCGCGACAACGCGCAGUGCCUGCAGCGGCUGCUGGAUGGCGGGCAGGGCGCGGAGCUGGUGGACCUCGUGCGCACCGUGUCCGUGGAAGGCCGCGCCGCCAAGCAGGACCCGACCCUGUUCGCGCUUGCGCUGUGUGCAAAGCAGGGCGACACUGCGACGCGCCAGCGCGCGUUCGCCGUGCUGAGCGAGGUGUGCCGCAUCCCAACGCACCUGUUCAUGUUCCUGGAGUUUUGCCGCCUGUUUGUGGACGGCAAGGGCUUUGGCCGCGCGCAGCAGCGGGCGGUUGCGGCCUGGUACAACGGCAAGCCCGCGGACAAGCUGGCCCACGCCAUGACCAAAUACAAGCAGCGCAACAAGUGGCGCCACGGCGACGUGCUGCGCCUGGCGCACGCCAAGCCCGCGGACGCCGCGCACAACGCCCUGUACGCGUACGCGACCAAAGGCAAGGAUGCCCUCGCGCAGGCGGCGCUAUGGACGGAGGACGAGACGACGCGCGAGCUGCACGCGUUCCUCACGGCGCUGCACGGCCUCGCUGCCGAGGAGGACGUGGGCAACGUGGUCGCCGCCAUUGGCGAGCACGCCCUCGUCCGCGAGCACAUCCCCACGCGCUUCCUGUCCUGCAAGCGGGUGUGGCUUGCCAUGCUGCCGGGCAUGCCGUUCACGGCGCUGGUGCGCAACCUGGCAACCAUGUCCCGCAUCGGGCUGUUCCCCACGCCGCCGGAGGACGAAGACGGCGAGCCAGAGCAGGCGGAGAGCAGCGUGCUGCCUUUGCAGAGGCGCCUGGCAGGCCUGCGCGUGUCCCCACGCUACAACGUGCGGCGCAACCCGCGCCGCAAGUGCGCCAAGCUGGGCAGCGUCGGUGACGAUGGGCGCCGGCGCCACGAGUCGAUGGACGACGACGAGGACGAGGACGAGGAGGCGCGCACGAAGCGGGAGGAGAAGCAGAGGAAGGAGGAGGCAAGGCGAAAGCGCAGGGAGGCCGCGGAGGUGCGUGACCGCAUCACCGCUGAGGAUCAGCAGCGCGCCCUGGACCUGGUGUGCGAGAAGCUGGGGGACGAGGCUGCUCUGCGUCGCGCGCGCGUGCACCCGUUCAGCGUGCUGCUUGCGCUCUCCACGUAUGCGCAGGGGCAGGGCUUCCGCUCGUCUGCGGGCGAGUGGACCCCACAUCCGCGCGUGAUUGCGUCACUGGACCGCGCGUUUGACGCCAGCUUCGCCAACGUGGCGCCCACCAACGAGCGGUACCUGCUGGCGCUGGACGUGUCCGGGUCCAUGAGCGUGCCCAUCAUGAACUCGCCGCUGACCGCACGUGAUGCAACCGCGGCGCUUGCCUGCGUGACGCUGCGCACGGAGGAGCACGUGGACGUGGUUGCCUUCUGCCACGAGCUGACACGGCUGGACAUUCCGCGCACGGCGCCACUGCAGGAGGUGGUGGAGACGAUACAGCACCGCAGCUUUGGGCGCACCGACUGCGCCCUGCCCAUGCUGUACGCCACGCAGCACAAGAUGGACGUGGACGUGUUUGUCGUGUACACGGACAGCGAGACGUGGUACGGUGGCACGCACCCGUGCGACGCCCUCCGACAGUACCGCGCCACGAUGAACAAGCCCAACGCCAAGCUGAUUGUGGUUGGCAUGACGUCCACGGGUUUCACCAUUGCGGAUCCGCGCGACCCGAACAUGCUGGACGUGGUUGGCUUUGAUGCAAACGCCCCGCUCCUCAUGGCUGCUUUUGCUCGCGGCGACCUGGCGGCGCGCUAAGGGGCAUGUGCUGGUGUGUUUUGGUGUGUUUGUUGUUGUUGUUGUUGUUGUUGUUG